AUGACGCCUAAGAAGAAACAAAGUUCAAUAAGUCAUUUCUUCACACCUCAAAAACCAAAAUCACCUACUCAACAACAACCUCCUAAAGUUUCGCCAGAAAAUUCUACAAAUAAUGGGAUUGAAAAAUUCAAAUUUAUAAAUUUAAAAUCAUCUAACACUUUAAAUACACCUGAAUCAGAGGUAGAAAAUAAUGUAGAAGAAGUAUCAAAACCAAUAUAUCAACCAACCGCUCAGCCAAUAGAACCAGAACAAAUCACAACGCCACCGAAAGAACCACCGACUAAUACAUCAACAUCAAUGGAUCAUUUUCAAUUCACCAACUCAAAAGAAGAUCAAAUAAUACCUCAAAAAAGAACCACUGAGUACACAUACACGUCACGUAAAGUAGCCAAACCUACCCCCAAAAAGAAACUAACACCACUAGAAAAUCAAAUCCUAGAAAUAACAUCACAACAUCCUGACAAAAUAUUAUUAAUUCAAGUUGGUUAUAAGUAUAAAAUAUUUGGAGAAAAAUCAGCACAACAUGUUUCAAGAGUAUUAAAUAUAAUGUAUAUUGAAAAUAAAGAAGAUUUACGGUUCUCAUAUUGUUCAUUCCCUGAUAAUAGAUUACAUAUCAAUUUACAAAGAAUACUAAACAGUAAUGUAAAAGUUGGAAUUGUUAAACAAAUGGAAUCUGCUAUUAUAAAAGAAAUUGAUAAAGUUGGAAAAUCAGGAGAUUUAAUGAAAAGAGAAGUUACUGGAGUAUAUACAAAAGGUACAUAUAUGAGUGAUGAAUUUAUUGGUUCAAAUUUAAUACCUAAUUCUAUUGAAGAAGAAAAUCCAAAUUAUAUUAUAUGUAUUAAUGAAAUUAAUGAAAAAGAUUUUGCGGUGGUUGCAGUACAACCAUUAACUGGAGAAAUCAUUUAUGAUGAAUUUCAUGAUUUAAUUAAUAGAGAUGAAUUAGAAACUAGAUUAUUAUAUUUAAGACCUAGUGAAGUUAUUGUUUUAAAUAAUGAUUCAAAAAUUAAUUCAAGUACUUUAAAAUGUUUAAAGCUUAUAAAUCAUGAUUUAAAAAUAGAACAUAAAUCUAAAUCUCAAAAUAUGAAGAAAUUAAAUACAUACUUAAAUGAUGAAAUGUUGAAUUAUUACAUUACACAUUACUCAUUAUCAAUUCAAGAAUGUAUAUUACAUUUAAUUGAAUACUUAUCAGAAUUUAAAUUAAACAAUAUAUUCACAAUUCCUCAAAAUAUUUCAACUUUCAAAGAUUCAAGAAAAUAUAUGAUUUUACCAGCAAACACAUUAACAGCAUUAGAAAUAUUUGUAAACACAACUGAACCCAAUUCAAAUAGAGGUACGUUAUGUUGGUUAUUAAAUCAUACCAAGACAAGAUUUGGUAAUAGAUUAUUGAAUAAAUGGAUCUCAAGACCAUUAAUAGAUAAAGAACAAAUUCAACAAAGAUUAAAUUCAGUAGAAGAAUUAUGUAAGUUUAAUCAUAUUAUAGAUUCAUUAUCACAACAACUUGUCAAAAUAGGUAAGAACUUAGACCUAGAAGAAUUACUCAUCAAGAUUCAUUAUUCAGCGACUACCCAUUCAACAAGAAUUAAUAGAAAACAAAUAUUUUUAAUGUUACAAAGUUUUAAUGAUGUUUUAAAAUUAGUUAAACUGUUUGAAAAAACAAUCACUGAUUCAAAUUUUGAAAUUAAAUCUAAUAUCUUAAGAGAAAUGUUAAAGGACUUGUUAAAAUUAUCCAAAACUGAUGUUAUAUACAAUUUGAUAAGUAUGAUUAAUCCAUCAUACCUAUUGAAUGAAUCAAAAGAUCCUUUUGUUCAAAAGACUACUUUUUUCAAUUUAAAUAGUAAUGGAGAAGGAUUCGAAGAUAUUAAAAAGGAAUUUGAAAACUUAAAAAACAUUGAAUCCGAAUUUGAAAAAGAAUUAACCAAAAUCAGAGUAUUAUUACAAAGACCACAAUUGCAAUAUGUAACAGCUCAAAGAGAACCAUAUCUUAUAGAAAUUAGAAAUGGUCCAUUAGUUUCAAAUUUAUCUUCGGAUUUUAUAAAAAUUAAUUCAACAAAAACAGUAAGUAGAUUUAGAAAUAAGCAAAUUAUUCAGUUAAUUAAAUUAAAAUCAUAUCAUGAAGAAAUGUUAAUUCAAAAAUGUGAUUUAUCUUUUUUACAAUUUUGUCAAAUUUUAGAUUGUCAAUAUUCAUUUUUAUCUAUUAUAGUUAAACAUUUAUCUACAUUAGAUUGUUUAUUAUCAUUAAGUUAUUAUUCCAAUAAUAAUCUCAAGACUAAACCCGAUUUAGUUGAUGAUUUAAUAAUAGAUGUAAAACAAGCAAGACAUCCAAUUAUAGAACAAUUGAAAAACGAUUCAAGUUAUGUAUCUAAUGAUAUUAAUAUUUCAUAUGAUACAAAUCGAGCAUUAAUUAUAACAGGUCCAAAUAUGGGUGGUAAAUCAAGUUAUGUCAAAACAAUAGCAUUAUUUACAAUAAUGUGUCAAAUUGGUUGUUAUUUACCUUGUUCUAUUGCUAAAAUGGGGAUAUUUGAUUCUAUUUUCAUACGUAUGGGAGCUUCUGAUAAUAUCCUAAAGGGAAAAUCAACAUUUAUGAUUGAAAUGUCAGAAUGUAGUCAAAUUAUUAAUAGAUUAACUAAUAGAUCAUUAGUUAUAUUAGAUGAAAUUGGUAGAGGUACAGGCACAACUGAUGGAAUAAGUUUAGCAUUUGCUAUAUUAAAAUAUUUAAUUGAAAUUGAUUAUAAACCUUUAAUCUUGUUUAUUACUCAUUAUCCAAGUUUACAUACAAUUGAAGAUGAAUAUCCAGGAGAAGUUAUAAAUUAUCAUAUGGGAUUUGAAGAAAUUCAAACCCCAAAUCAAAAUUUUCCUGAAAUUAUUUUUUUAUAUAAUUUAGUUAGAGGUGUUAUUAAUAAUUCUUAUGGAUUAAAUGUUGCUAAAUUGGCAGGUAUACCUAAUGAUGUAAUUUCAAAUGCUUUUAAAAUAUCUGAAGAGUUGAAAAAACAAAUUGAAGUUAGUACUGAUGAUAAAAAUUAUAAUUUUCUAAAGGGUGUUAAAAAUUUAUUAUCUGGUGAAAUUAAUGAAGAAUCUAUUAAUAAUCUACUUAAUAUCUAG